AUGGCUUCAUUACCGAAGUUUCCAAACAAAUACCUGGGAAGAGAGAACUUUCACAAGUCACACCACUUUGAUAUUUCAAAUGAAGUGGCUAUGUUCGUUGGAGGCGAGAAACCAGGUAUUGGAGGAGAGCAAUUAUCUGAUCAGAAGACAACAUCCAAGUAUUCAGUUUACCCCAAAGGAAGUGGAAGUGACUUACCGUCAUGGGUCGCAUUUGAUAAACAGGUGUUGUGUUUUGAUGCUUAUUUUGAAGAAACUGUGCCUCUUGUUAAUGAGGAGAGAAUCAGAAAGUGUAAGAUCAUGUUCUACCUGGAGGAUGAUACUAUCAAAGUUGUGGAGCCGGAGUUUAAGAACAGCGGUAUUUCCCAAGGGAUACUAAUUCGACGUCACCGUGUCCCUCUUCCACCACCAAACGAUGGCCAGUUCUACAACAUCUUUCAUUUCAAUAUUAACCAAGAGAUAGUCCUAUAUUCUCGGAAGUUUACAAUAACCAAUUGUGAUACUUUCACAAGAAAUUUCAUCACAAAUCUUGGAGUGCGUCUAAAUGAACCCACAACUUUGCCUGUUGAUCCAUAUAGUCAGCUCAGGGAAGACAUGGAGAAAAACAUGAAACCACUUAGACCCUAUGAAAGAAAAAACACUCUGAAGCAGUUCUUUGACAACGAUAAUAAAGUUUUGCGCUUCUAUUGCUACUGGGAUGGCAGAGAGAGCCCUUUUGGUGAUGUUAGAGAAUGGAUCCUACAUUAUUUCCUUGUCGAUGACACUAUCGAGAUCCUUGAGGUCUUUACCCCUAAUAGUGGUCAAGAUCAUGUACCCAAGUUUCUGAGGCGUGGGAAACUUCCAAAGACCCCAAGUCAACUGCCGCCACCUGGUGCAGUGACUGACCGCACUGUCCUUAAUGUAUUUAAUUCAUCAAACCAGGGUCCACGCUAUAUUCUGGACAAUCUCAAGACAGGAGCCAUCAACGAAAACUUCUACAAAGAUUGUGACCUCAGGAUUGGGACAGAGCUGAAUGUGUGGGGCAGAAGAGUCAUUAUCACUGACUGUGACGACUUCACAAAGAACUACUACAGCUGCAAAUACGCCAUAGAGGACUUCACCCCUGUGCAGUAUAAAGUCCCUGCUGCUCCUAAGCCCCCCAGACACGUUCCCCCCUACAAUGGCUUUGGAUCAGAGGAAGACUCAUUGAGCUCCUGCCAGGGAGUGCUGCCCAAGCCCCCGCGAAAAGACCUCCUGAAAUGUAUGGAAAAAGACAGAUUUGGUCUUGAGAGUAAUGUGUUCAACUUUGUGGCCAAGAUGAUGACUGAUGAUCCAGUGGACAAGGACCGGCUGUUUAUCAUCUCUUUGUACCUCAGUGAUGACACCAUCAGUGUGUUUGAGAGAGCCAAGCCAAAUUCAGGUGUGCUUGGUGGUAAGUUUCUGGGGCGUACCCGUGUGAAGAAGCCGGGGCAGGAGGUGUUCAAGAGUGAAUUGUCAAAGUAUUUCACAGCUCAGGACUUUUUUGUCGGAGCUGUACUUCAUAUCAACCACAUCAACUUUAAGCUCAUUAAUGCUGAUGAAUAUACUUUGAACUACAUGGAGAAACAUCCAGAAGAGUUUGCCAAAGCCAACGUGGGUAAUAUCCUGAGUAAACUACGUUCAGUUCCUGAUGACAAACAUAAAGAGGUUAAGACAUUUCUGGCUCUCAGUGAUCCCAGCAACUCCGGAUUCAUACAUUAUGAUUCACUCAGGGGGAUGCUGAUGGGCUUGGACUAUGGCCUGUCGGAGCAUGAGGUGCUGGUUCUGGCCCGCAGCUUCUCUGAGCACGAGCAGUCAGGGCUGGACCUGAGCUUGAUGCUGGCGGUGGCCCAGGACUUCCUUAGGAAGAAGCACUUUGAAGAAUUCCCUGAAAUGACCAAAGCCUUUGCACACCACGACAGACAUAAAACUGGACAUCUUUCCUUGAAAGAGACCAGGACCAUCUGUAAGGCCUUUCGUCUUCCUCUGCCUGAGAAUCUGCUCACAUCCCUGCUUGAAAAGUUUGCGCAAGACGAUAAAAUUGAAUACCAGGCUUACAUUGCAGCUUUAAACUGGCUUGAACAUCCUGCCGCUCCUGUAAUGCCUGACGACAUUUUAAAGGUCAAUUUCAAGACUGCACAAGACUUUGGUGAGGUUCAAAGAAAUGUCAACUACGCCUCGAUGCUGCAAGACGUCUUCUCAGGUCCACUCACAAACACCGACCCAACCACUGCUGCAUCAUAG